AUGGGGUUUGGGCACAGGUGGAGGGCAUGGGUUAUGGAGUGUGUGACCACAGCUUCGAUGUCGGUUAUGAUUAAUGGAUCGCCAUCUAAGCCGUUUAAAAUGGAAAGGGGCUUGAGACAAGGUGACCCGCUUUCUCCCUUCUUGUUUGUGCUGGUGGUGGAUGUUCUGCAUCGAAUGGUGGGUGAGGCAAUUCGGAAUGGGCGUAUUUCUCCGCUGAUGGUUGGUCGAGACAGUGUGGAGCUUUCACACCUACAGUUUGCUGAUGACACUAUCCUAUUUUGCCCACCAGAUGAUGAGACUAUGCAGACAAGCGGCUGCUGCGAUGGCACUCUCCCUAUAAAAUACCUUGGUAUUCCCUUAGGAGCUAAUCCAAGGUUGGUUAAGACCUGGAAGCCUAUUAUUGAAAAGGUAGAAGAGAAGCUAAGCUUGUGGAAAGCUAAGGUGCUAAAUAAAGCGGGAAAGCUGAUACUUAUAAAAUCAGUCUUAAACAGUCUACCAGUGUAUUACCUGAGUUUAUACAAGAUGCCGAAGGCAGUGGCUGCAAAAUUGAUUUCCUUACAGAGGAGAUUUCCGUGGAGUAAGGAGGAUGGGAGACAGGGCAUGGCAUUGGUGAAAUGGGAGUUGGUGCAAGCGCCUAGGAAAUUCGGUGGGCUGGGAGUUGGAGAUGCUAUGGUCCGUAACACCGCACUGUUAUUCAAGUGGUGGUGGCGGUUUGCCAAGGAAAAAUGCCCUUUGUGGAAGAAGGUGGUCUGUUCCUGUAAUAAUUUGAGACCGAAUGAGCUUCUAUACACACAAGUGUUGCCUACUAGAGGAGGCCCGUGGAAGGAUAUUUGUCAUCUAGAAAUCCAGGAGCAAUCUCUGAGAGAUAAGCUGAUUACCGGUCUGACUAUGGAGGUUGGUGAUGGACGAAGGACUCGGUUUUGGGAGGAUGGUUGGUUGCAUUGUGGCUCCUUGAAAGAUAGGUUCCCCCGGCUCUUCUCUGUUUCAAACCAAUGUGGUUCGGUUAUAGGGGACUGUGGGUUUUGGGAUGUGUUAGAGUGGAUUUGGAACUUCCAAUGGAGGCGUGAACUUUUUCAGUGGGAGUUAGACCUACUAAGUCAGCUACAUGAGGUUUUGAGGCCUGUGAGGUUAGCGAAUAAUAGGGAGGAUAAAGUUGUGUGGAAAUAUGAUAGACUUGGUGUGGAGUGCAUAUUUGGCCGGUACUGGGCGGUUCCGGAGCUGGUGAAGGAUCAUUUCUUAAGUUGGACAGAUGAGCCGCGACGAAAAGACGAUCGGAAGCAGCGAUUGAGGUGUUUCUGUGCGAUCAUUUGGCACAUUUGGAUGGAGCGAAAUAGGCGGAUUUUUCAGAAUGAGGGUAAAGGCGUACAAGAUAUCAUCACAAUGACCUUCCUUAGCUGCGACGAGUGGAGAGGUGUUUAUCCCUAG